AUGGUCUGUUUCCAUAGCUCCAUUUCCGUUGACCAACACAUAGACAUGGCCAAAUCUGUGAAUUCAACCGACCCGUGUAUCAAAUUGAGGCAGAUUAAUCAAGUACACAGGAAUAGAAAGACACCCAAUUCGCCAAACCAAUUUGAUAUUCCGUCUUGCGGACAAUCUCGAUGGGCUGUGAUCGAUGUGAUAAUCUUGAUUGCUGUAAUUGGGGCUUUUGGGUUUCUAUUAUAUCCAUAUGUGAAGCCUUUAUCGUUUGGUAUCGUGGAAAUUGGCGGAGAAAUUGUUUAUGUGGUAAAAGAUGAGAUUUUCCAGGCUCCAAUGGUUUAUGGGUGUUUAGGACUCAGCAUUUUCUGUGCUGUGGUUGCUGUUAUAGCAAUCACAGUGUGUACUGGUAGCAAAUGUGGGAAACCGGGUUGUCGGGGACUUCGAAAGGGGGCUGAAUUCGAUAUACAAUUGGAGACAGCGGAAUGUGUGAAGAGUAAUCCAAACAGUGUGGCAAAUGAUGCUGUAAAGAAGGGAUUAUUUGAAUUGCCUCGCGAUCACCAUCGAGAAUUAGAAGCUGAGCUUAAGAAGAUGGCACCACCUAAUGGAAGAGCUGUUCUUGUGUUUCGAGCAAGGUGUGGGUGUUCUGUUGGCAGAAUGGAAGUUCCAGGUCCAAAGAAGCUUCGAAAAGUUAAGAAGUAA